AUGGGUAGAGCAAUUGCUCGCGAAGAGUCUCCUUACUAUCCUGGAAAGCGAAGCAGAUUGUGGUUUUAUGAGGACAUACUCUCCACGUUGAGGGACCAGAAGGUGGAUAUAACUUCUAACCGCACUACAACUGGAAUAGAAGAAGUGGAAGGAAUUGUAUACGAUUCAUCGGCAUUAGAUGAGUUGAUUGUGAAUGCAGAAGCUUUUGCGAGAAUGAGUAGACUCAGACUACUAAAGCUCAAUGGCGUUAAUGUUCACGGAAAUUAUGGACUUAUUUCUAAAGAGCUAAGAUGGCUUCACUGGUACAGAUUCUCCUUGAACUUUAUGCCGAAUGACUUCUAUAUGGGAAACUUGGUCAUCCUCGAGAUGCAACACAGCAACCUAAGGGAAGUAUGGAAAGAUGACAGGUUGCUCGGGAACUUGAAGGUCCUUAACCUCAGCCACUCGCACUUCCUCACCGGGGCCCUAAACUUCAUGAAAGUCCCGAAACUCGAGGAACUGAUUCUAAAUGAUUGUACGGAGUUGGUAGAUAUUCAUCAGUCCAUUGGAAAUCUGGAGAGGCUUCUGCUAGUGGAUCUCAGCAACUGCAAAAAGCUCAAGAGGCUUCCUGGUAGCAUCUGCAGAAUAAGCUCGCUUAGGAUUCUGAAUAUCUCUGGCUGUUCAAAGGUGGGCAAACUACGGGAGGACACUGGGGAGAUGGCGUCCUUGGAGAAGCUCCUUGUGGAAGGGACUGCUAUAAUUCAAGUUCCUUCUUCUAUCACGCGUCUGCAGAAUCUGACGGAUUUAUCUCUAUGUGGCUGCAAGGUGGCAAACUUGAGCUCCAUUUAUUCACUCAUUUGGUCAUUGGUGCCGACGAUGACAGUCCCUAGAAGCAAUAACAUGCUGAUAUCUUCAUUAGAUGGUUUAACCUCACUGCAAUCCCUGAAACUAAGAGAUUGCAACUUAUCAGAUGGCGCUAUUCCUGUGGACAUAGGAAGCCUACCGUCCUUAGUAGAGCUGGACCUCAGCAAAAAUAAUUUCAGUCACUUACCAGAUUCAAUAAGUCGUCUUCCCGAGCUUUUUUACCUUCUUUUGGAAGAUUGUGUCAUGCUCAAGACCCUUCCAAAGAUGCCCCCUGAAUUGCAUACUCUGUCCGCAGCAAAUUGCCGGAGGUUGGAAAGGAUAAUAUCCGGCUCGAAUAUUCGUAGCUUGAAUCUCCUAGACUGUCCCAGGCUAACAGAGAUUUCCGGGUUAGAUAAGUUAGCAGUUGUAGACAUUUGCUUGCAAGGGUGCGAGAGCUUGUCGGCCAAGCUUAAGGGUCCAGUCACUGUAUGUCUUGUCUAUGAAGCUAACAGGGAGAUCAACGCAUAUCCACGGUUUAUAAUACUUUAUAUCAAUGCAAGAACCAAAAACUCGCAUCUGCCCUUGAGUAGUUCUGCCUAUUUCGAUAUUCCAGCCCCAUCUGAAGAUUACAUAUGGGCAUAUCAAGAAACUCGUACAUUCAGCGGUGGAGGCAGCGGUGGGGAUAUUGAGAUUGAGGUGGUUACAGUAUCAGCUGGCGGGGUGAGGGUGAAGAGGGUAGGGAUUCACUUGAGAGAGCAUAUUGAUCUGAACAAUGCUUCAUGGACCUUGGGCAACAUGGAAGUUGGGACGCUUAAUCAAGUUCCUUGUGAAGAAAUGAUUCAACAAGAAGCUGAUAUCUCCGAGAGUGGGAGCCAUCAGGCUGAACCAAAUUCUGAUGGAGUCAUUUGCUAUGCCGAGGAAGAGGAUGGCAGUGGAUAUGGCUCUUCUCAGGAGAAAAGACCGCCUAAAAGGAUGAGGUUCGAGAACAUCGAAGAGGAUGGUUGGGAUGAGCUGUGA